GGGGAAGACUCCCCUAGUCACGAUCCACUUCCAACUUUCAAGACCUACCCUCAAAUCAAACCGAAAUUUCCACCUCAGUUGAAUCCACGUGACUUGAUAGUAACGAAAAAAUCUCAGGACGAAUCUUUACCGCCCAUUAUCUCUCGGGUACCCAAUGCUUUCAUCAUUUAUCGCAAGCAAUUCGUAAAAAGCGCUCGUGAACAAGGGUAUUUCCUACCGAUGACCGUGAUUUCUUCCAUGGCUUCGGCAUCUUGGGAGAAUGAGGAAGAAGAGGUAAAACUCGAGUACAAGAGAAUAGCGAAAGAGGUUUUGAAAUGCAAAAAGGAGAUGUACCCCAAGAUAAGUAAUAGGAAAAGAAAGGAUCGAUGGAAUAUUGUUCAGUAUCGUCCUAGGUCUUUGAAGAACGGUGGAAGGGGAACAAGUUUGAAGAAAGAGAAAGAACAAAAUGUUAUUGGUGCGAAUGGUAAAGGCAACAAUACCCUUGGGAACGAGAUCGACUGGUCGAUAUACCUGACUCCAUCCCUCUCCGAGUCAACUUCUUCGUUAUCGUCGCUAUCGUCAAUAUCAUCGCCGACAUUCGGUUUGGCGCACCAAGAUCACAUGAUCUCAGAUGUCAUGUUGGAAUUUUUCAAUAAUUCCGGCUGCCGCAACGACAAGAACGAUGUCACCGUUUCAUCAGGCCCAUUAGACUUCGAACGUUUGACCCCGACGUCCGCAUAUUCGAGUCCGGUGCAGUCGAAUGACUCGGCUGCGGUCAAUCGUAAGGGCGGUGCCGAAUCAAGUCUCAAUGGGUCCGAGACCCAUGACACAAAAAGAUCGAGAGGAGACGAUGAUGCAAGCCAACAAAGUCCAAUUGAUCUUAACAACUUUGAAUUUACUGAUGACUCUGAACGUCAAAAAUUCGAAGAACUUUAUAAUUCACACCAAAAUUUAUCUGAUGUUGGUCUGGAUUUUGGGAUUCCAGGUGAAUUUUUGAACCUAUUGCCGGAUGACACUGUUUCCGGCUUAAACAAUGAAUAUUUCGAUAGCGCAUACGGCGAGUUCAAUAACAUGAACAAUGAAUUUUAUAACCUCCAUGAGGAUUCUUUUAACAAUAGCUAUGCUAACGAAAAUAUGGACGAACACGGUACUCUCGGCGGUGACCUAAAUUUUCAUUUCUCUGAUUCGUUGGGAAUUUACAGGCACAACGAUAUAUAG